AUGUAUUUCGUUGUACUAGUAUUGAUACUCCUUGUGUCAAAUCUUUUUGAGUGUAAGCAAAAAGAUUUUUACACAUUUAAAGUUGUUAAUAGCAGAGGGAAGCUGGUGUCGCUGGAGAAAUACAGGGGGUCGGUGUCACUGGUGGUGAAUGUGGCUAGUGAAUGUGGCUACACAGAGGAGCACUACACUGACCUCCAGCAGCUCCAGCGAGACUUUGGGCCAUACCACUUCAAUGUGCUGGCCUUCCCUUGUAACCAGUUUGGCCAGCAAGAGCCUGGCAGUGACAAAGAGAUUGACAGCUUUGUGCGCCGGGUGUAUGGAGUUACCUUCCCUCUCUUCAGUAAGAUUGCAGUGGUUGGAACUGGGGCCAACAAUGCUUUCAAAUAUCUGGUUGAGUCAUCUGGAAAGCAGCCAGACUGGAAUUUCUGGAAGUACCUAAUUGAUGUGAAUGGAAAAGUAGUGAAUGCUUGGGGGCCCAAUACCUCUGUCAAGGAGAUCAGACCUCAGAUUGCUGAAAUGAUCCGACAGAUCAUUCUAAAGAAGAAAGUGGAGCUGUAGAGGGCUGUUGUGUAAACGCUCACCACAAUGAACUGGGCAAAGCCUCAGAUGGAAGUGUAGGUCACCUAUAUUCAGACUAUAUGGAUAUGACUUAAAAGCAUAUUCAAGAAUGGUCAUGAAUGGUCUAAGUGCAGCCAAAAUGUGUGUAAUUUCACUUAAGCCCUUCUCUUUUUUUUUUGCUUCAGUAUUGGUUGAACCACUACACAAUUUCACCAUAAGAUGUCAGUGUUUUUUAGAAACUUCCAAGAUAGAAAAAUGGUGCUACUUGCUAUGCUAGUGUGCUACCUGGUUAAGAUCCAGUUAGCAUAAAUACUGUUUUAAACUCAAGGCUUUCUGCUCAAUGUCAUUUCAAAAGUUGAGAAAAUGUCAUCCCCCCCCAACCAAAACUAAGAAUGGGUUUGUGUGUUAAUGUUGGCAGUCAGUUGAGUCUCGGGAAAGCAGAACGCAAUAUAAGUGUGGUAACAUUAAGUAUUUGUGGUCGACCAUGUCUGAUGAACCCACAAAGCCUCUUGCCCAUUUCUCAUUUUACCUCAUAAAAAUGACCAUUGGGGUUAUUUUGAGUUAAUGCCAAUUAAUUUUUUUUAAAAAACAGUUUAACCACCUGUUGCAUAGAAGGUUGGGAAAAAUGUUAAUGUCUGAAAAAUGAACCUGUUAUUUUUAGACUAGUAUUUAUUGGUUUUACAAUAUUUGGCAAGAAGUCAGUGUAAGAUGUAAAAUGUGGCUUCAGGUGUCCCCAAACUCUUGCUUGACUCAAAGUAACCACUUGUUCAUUCAGUAUACUGGAAUAUAGUGAUUGUGUCAUGGUUCUCAUAAAGAAAGCUUUGAAUGUUGAAAUUGCC